AUGGCCAACCUGGAAGAACAUGUCGUGGUAUAUGGCACAAAAGAUGUGACCAAAGAGCUGUUCUACUAUGCAGCCGGACCCGUGCCAGGCCCCUUAUUGAUCUUUAUUCAUGGUUGGCCAGCAAUUGGCAAGACUUGGAAAGCACAGCUUCAAACCUUUUCAUCUCUGGGCUUUCGCUGCUUGGCGCCUGAUAUGCCAGGCUAUGGGCGCUCUACGUCUAGAAAGGUCGUAGAAGACUAUUCCCAAGAGGAGAUCAACAAGGGAAUGCUCGCGCUAUUGAACCAUGUUGGACGUGAUAGGGCAGUCUGGAUCGGUCAUGACUGGGGCGCGCCGGCAGUAUGGAGCUUCGCCGAGCAAUUCCCGGAAAGGUGCAUAGGUGUGGUCGGUAUGGCGAUCCCGGCUCGCGUUUUCGAAUCCGGCGGCCUUGAAGCAGCGGUCAAGACAGUCGAUCGUGUCUUGUAUCCCGCUGAGGAGUAUCCUUAUGGCCCUUGGGAAUAUCAGCGAUAUUACGAGCUCGAGUUCGAAAAGGCAACUCAAUGGUUUGAAUCGGACAGCAGAGCCGUGUUGAGAGUGUUCUAUACGAAAGGAAAUCCCAGCGGUUAUGGCAAGCCAUCACCAACAGCUACAACCAUCCGCGACGGAGGCUGGCGAGGCGGCGGGGAGAUGCCCGAUCCGUCUUGGAGACAGAUCCCAGAUGCUGCAAUGUGCAUUGACCAGGAUUUAUAUGAGGACCUUGUCACCGCGAUGGAGACCACUAGUUGGUGGGGGGCUGAUGCGUGGUACAUGAAUCACGCCUGCAACAAGGCAUAUUUUGACGAGAAAGCCAAAAAUGAAGGUUUUCUACCCAUGCCGGUAUUGUUCAUCGAGGGCAAGUUCGACUUCACCUGCUCGACGGCCAAUUCAACGUUUGCCGAAGCACAGCGCAAAUAUUGCACAGAUUUGACCGAGGUCAACAUCGAAGCGGGUCACUGGAUCCAUCUAGAUAAGCCAGCGGAAGUCAAUGCAGCCAUCAUCAAAUGGCUCGUCCAGUCGUGUCCGAGUCACUGGCCAGGAUUCUGGAGUGCAGGCUAUGUUACGAACAAAGCAUGA